UUCUGUUUCAUCUCUAAUGUAAUGUGGCAUUCUUCAUUACUACAUGGCCUUAGAAGAAGCUGAUCCAUCAUACGUAGUGUUGAGUGUGCUUCCUCUUGUUUGCGCCUGUUUGCUCUUGUUUUGAGGUUUGAAGGUGGAGCUUCAUGGAGUUCCACUUGGUUUCAUUUAUAGUUAACCUAAACAUUUGACGGCAAGCAUUGAGUGCUUUGUCUGGGCUGUCAUGGUUUACAUCACUGACUUCUGACCUCAGGAUCUUAAUCAGUGUCUCCUGGUGGUGUUAAAGAUGACUGCGAUCCAGUUCCUGGUUUGUUUGUGGUUAAUCACACAAACUGGGGUUGUUUGCAGUGAGAUUGAGUUCUUGGAGAAGCGUGAGGGGGAAUCUGUGGUUCUUCCCUGUGGAGUUGAGCCGAGAAACCCCUCACCCAUAGCUGUCUACCUGAAGCGCAGCUGGCUGCGUCCAGUUGACGUGCUGUUCAUGUACACCCAGUACGAAUUCACUGUGACCAACGAUGAUGACAAAAAUCGCAUAACUGUCAGUGGAGACCCGAGCAGCCACUCUCUGAAUGUGACCAUCUCUCAGUUGACGGCUGAUGACACGGACCGCUACUACUGUGAGUUUGUUGUGGCCAACCUUGUCUCUGAAGACCUACACGUAUAUGGAAGGACUGAAUUCUUCCUCCUUGUUAAGGCUGGAGGUGAUUGUGGCUGCUCCAACUACUCCACUCUGCUGUAUGCUCUGUCUGCAGCUGUAGCCAUUCUCCUCCUCCUCAUCCUCAUUGGAUUUGUGGUGAUUUAUCAAGGCAAAGCACACCACAGUGUGAAGUUACACCCUCAGGCUCCCAUCUACGAGGUGAUGACUGGGCUGCAGCCCCUCAGCCAAAAACUGGCCUCUCACCAUCUGGAGGAAAUUGAGUUUUCUGAGUAUAGAAACUGCACUGUGAAGAAAUCCUGCCCUGAAAACCAUUAUGAAAGCCCGAGUGGGCCUCUCUGCUCCAGGACCUAGUCUCAGAAAUGAAAUAUUAGACCUUCUCUCCAGGAUCAUGAACUAGACCAGCUUAACCAGCUCAGCUGCCUGUGACACCAAGACUCAACAAUUAGUACUCUGAAGUUUGUUCAACACAUUUUAUCAGCUUCCCCCUAAGUUUCCUCAUACUGUUUUUUGUUGUUAUGUUUAUUGGACUGUUGCUAGUUUUUAGUAUAAGAGUGUUUGUUUUUGUAUUUUGACAUUUCCAUAAGAACCUUUAUAAAUAUUUGCAAUGGGGUGGGGUACUAUAGGUAUGUUUUAAAAAUUUUAUACCAGUGUCAGUAUAUAGUGUGAUGUAAUACAUCUUCUUGAAAAACUAAUUGUUUAUGUAAAAUAACCAGACAGAAAUGUAUUUUUGGUAAUUUCAGCAAAUUAAAGGUGUGUGUCCUUGAUGUCCAACAGA